UUCAUCUCAUCCAAUAACAAGACUAUCACCCUCCACCACCAAGAUAACUUCAACCGCACUUCAAAGUUCAAAUUCCCUUCCAUCAUGCGUCAACGCCAAACCCAUUCCAUUACUUUAAUAGUUAGCAUGCAUCUCUAGACUAUAGAACUACAAGCAAGUGCAACUUCCACUAAUGACUAAUGAUGAUACAUAAAUAUUAACAACCUCAAAAAAAUGAUCUCGCCGGUGAUGGCGGCGUUCAUCCUCCUCGCCGUGUUGUUGUUACUCCACGGCGACGCCGCCGCGGCAAAAUCAUCAGACCCGUGCGGGCCCAAAUCCAAGCGGGACCCACUGACCCUCCGACCCGACAAGAUCACAGUUCUCAUCAACGGCUUCUCCGAGUCCCGCAUUCCCCUCCUCCAAUCAAUCGCCGCCACAUACUCCCUCUCCCCGCUCGUCUCCUCCGUGAUCAUCCUCUGGGGCAACCCCUCCACGCCGCCGCACAUCCUCGACCAACUAUCCCUCAACCUCUCAUCCGCAGGCCCGAUCUCGAUUCUCCGGCAAACCUCCGGCAGCCUCAACGCCCGGUUCCUCCCUCGCCCGGACCACAUCCACACCCUCGCCGUCUUAAUCUGCGACGACGACGUGGAGGUCGACACUGUGUCGUUCGAGUUCGCGUUCCGCGUCUGGUCCGCAAACAACCACCGCCUCAUCGGACUCUUCGCGAGAUCGCACGAUCUUGACCUGAACCGGAAAGAGUGGCUCUACACGGUUCACCCAGACCGGUUCUCGAUCGUGCUCACCAAAUUCAUGAUCCUCAACAGUGAUUACCUCUACAAGUACAGCUGCGAGGGUGGGGCCCGCAUGGCGGAGCUGCGGCGGGUUGUGGAUUCUGCUCGGAAUUGCGAGGAUAUUCUGAUGAACUUCGUGGUGGCGGAUUGGAAUGGUGUGGGGCCCGUUUUGGUUGGGGCGGAGAAGGUUCGGGAUUACGGUGAUGCGAGGAAUGAUGGUGAUGAUGAGGGGAGGUUUAGCGUGGGGUUGAGUGGUGGUCGGAGAGGGAGAGGGGAACAUAGGAAGAGGAGAGGGUGGUGUAUAACGGAGUUUCAUAGGGUGUUAGGGAGAAUGCCUUUGAGGUAUAGUUAUGGGAAGGUUGUUGAUUCCGUUGGUGAACAAGGGUUGUGUCAGAAAAGUGGCAAAUUGGUGUUUUGUGAUCAAUGAGAAAUUUUGGGCUUUUGGCCACUAAGGGAAUGAAUAAAUUUUCACAUCUCUCAUUACAAAUAACAAUGAGUUUGAUUUCUAGAACUAUAUAUUGUGUUGGCUAAGCUACGAAGUGGUUGAUUUGAAGAUAACGCUUAUCAGCCAAGCCUUGCCUAUUCGGCUUGGUGGCAUGUGUUCCGGUAUUGGGUUGGCCGAACACAAUAGACCCAUCUAGCUUCUUGGAGACGUAUUGAGCUUGCAGGGGUAUGGUGCCACGAAGGUCUAAUCUGGUGAACAUACAUUUUAAAUAUCGAGUAUGAGGUAGGUCGUUUUGAUAGCCAUGAAGACUGAGAUCUGUUAGGAGUGAAUUCAUCAUCAAUUGGUGGUUGAGAUAAGAACGUCUCUAAAAAAUGAGCAAUUAUAAGUGUGAUGUAAUAUGUAGCUAGGUUGGACCGAUUAUUUUAAGAGUCUCCCCGCCAUUUAGCGUGCUCAUUCUUUGUUCUCUUAAGACCGAGGUAGGAUUUUCUUUCUAGCUUCUACCUUAGGCUCAUUGCGUGAACACAACACAAUGCCUUAUUUCUUGAAUGAAUAAUUGAAUUGUCCGUACAAUUUUUUGCCA